UUUUGUUUUCUGUAGAGGUUUUUCGAGAAGUGUGCAAUUUUCCGUGGAGGAUAAAAGAUAGACCGUAAGACAACACCAGUCGCCGGUCUGCGUUUGACAGACCAACUGAUAAAUAACCAAUCGACGAGAUGGCUAAAACGAAGCAUCAAAAAUCCAAACCUAACAAACAAUCUCAUGCUAAAAAGCACGGAAAGCAGACUGAUAUUUCUGAAUUUCGAGCUCAGCUUGAUGCAUUGGGCUUAAAGAUUAUACAAGUGACGGCAGAUGGAAAUUGUUUCUUCAGGGCAUUAGGUGAUCAGUUGGAAGGCAAUGAGGAGGAGCAUGAGAAAUAUCGAGCUAUGACUGUAAAAUUUAUCAGGAAUAACCGUGAUACAUUUGAGCCUUUUAUUGAAGAUGAUGUACCAUUUGAUGAAUAUUGUGAGUCCAUGGAGAAGGAUGGCACUUGGGCUGGACAUAUGGAAUUACAAGCAGCUUCUCUUGUUACUCAUACCAAUAUAUGCAUUCACCGACAUAUGUCACCUCGCUGGUACAUACAGAAUUUUGACAACCGUGAAUCUCGGAUGCUUCAUCUUUCUUAUCAUGACGGAGAGCAUUACAAUAGCAUCCGGCUAAGGGAAGAUUCUUGCACUGGACCAGCUAGCCCAAUUAUUAUCAAGGCUGAUGCUGAUCUUUCAGCAAAAUCUCGUGAAGCUAUAGCUGCUGCCAAGUCUAAGGGAGACGCUAGUCGGAAUAUGGUUCAAGUAGGAUCAGUCAAAAUGGUUAUGGCUGGAAGUGGGUGUGAUAACAAACAAAAAGUGGUGCAGGUUUUACGACAAAUUGGUGGUGAUGUUGAUGCUGCAAUAGAAUUUCUAAUCGCAGAACAAGGAUCUGAGGACCAGUUAAAUGCAAAUGAUAACGUUUCUUCUCUGGCAAGCACUUCACAAGGGUCUCCAGGAGAGCAUGCUAUCAAAUCUGGAGACUCACCUUGUAAAAAAGGUUCCUCUGACUGUAGUGUAAAAGGAGCUUCUGAUGAACACACCUCCCAGGAAGAUGAAAAGAAAAUUCCAAGAAAUAAGGCCUGUCCCUGUGGUUCAAAGAAGAAAUACAAGUCUUGCUGUGGAUCAGUUGCUGGAAAACAUCCUACUAGCUUUACAGUCAACCAUACAAUUGAUUAUGGAAAGGGUCGGAGAGACAAAAAGCAAGGAAAGAAAGUUCCACCUGUCAAUGUUACGACUUCAAAACAAUCUGAUGCAAGACCACCUGACAUGGGCGCGCUUUGUAUAUAGUCAGUAUUUUUGAGAUUUUCAUGUUCAUACCAUUUUCUCCUCUGCUUUAUAAUAUGGAUGAGAUGUCACAACUUCCCUGUGGCUGGCUCAAAAACAUGAUUUCUGGAGGCUUGACUUCCCAAAGUACCGUAUUUGAUAUUUCUUAGUCGCUGAUUAUUCCAUAUACUGUUUUGGAGGACCAUCAGAUCUUACAGUACUUUGUGACCCUCCAAGGACUUGAUUCAUUGGAAGUGAGAACAUGGAGUGAGAAUCCAAGAGGAAUUCAAUCAACUAAUUAUUGAUUUGUGAGGAAUGACUUCCAUUCAUUUUCAAGAGUACCUUGGUAUUGGCUGGUGCAACUUG